ACCCCGUUGGGAUGGGAUGGGGACCAAAAAGAAGAACAAUAUUAGAGAUCUCCUGCCGGAGCUACUAAAUUUUUCGUCGCGAACAAAUGAGCUCCAUUCACCAGCGCCCGCAACCAGCAGGCCCCGUCAGCCUCCACAGUUGCCUCACUUGGCUUUUCGCCGUCCUCCUCCUCGUCUACAUCAUCUACUCCUCCAAACUCAUCCUCUUUGGCCACAGUGACUGCCCCCUCCCUUCCACCAAUCUCUCGGCCAACGAAAAGGCCAGCACCACCCAUCAUCCUGCCUUCCCCAACUCUUCUACUAAUUCUCUCACAGAACUCGGCAAACAACUUCAACAGCAUUAUGAUUUAUCAAGAUCUAUAGUUCCCCUGGCGUCCAGGAGAUACGACACGGAGCUCAAGCACAUUGUGUUCUGCAUUUCGGCGUCAUCGGGCUUGUGGAACAGGAGGAAGGAGUACAUAAAGCUCUGGUGGAAGCCUAAGCAGACUAGAGGGGUGGUCUGGUUGGACCAGAAGGUGAGGACACGGCGGAAUGAACCCCUGCCGGAGAUUCGGAUAUCUGAGAAUACUUCCACGUUCAAGUACACGAACAAGGAGGGGCAGAGAUCGGCAUUGAGACUGUCCAGGGCAGUUUCAGAGACAUUGAGGCUCGGGAUGGAGGAUGUGAGAUGGUUCGUGAUGGGCGACGAUGACACCAUAUUUAUAGUAGAGAAUUUGGUUAGUGUGCUGUCUAAAUACGAUUACAGGCAGCCUUACUACAUCGGAAGCUCAUCGGAGAGCCAUAUUCAGAACAUAUUCUUUUCCUAUGUAAUGGCGUAUGGUGGGGGCGGGUUUGCUAUAAGCUACCCAUUGGCCAAGGAGCUGGAGAAGAUGCAGGAUCGGUGUAUUCAGCGCUAUCCCAGUUUGUACGGAAGUGAUGACAGAAUUCAGGCUUGUAUGGCCGAACUAGGAGUGCCACUCACCAAAGAAGUUGGGUUUCAUCAGUUCGAUGUAUAUGGAAACCUCUUAGGCCUUUUGGGAGCUCAUCCUAUAGCUCCAUUGAUAUCCCUUCACCACCUUGAUAUCGUGGAUCCAAUAUUCCCACGGAUGAGCAGAGUUCAGGCCCUGCGGCACCUAUUUCAUUCCACCAAGGAUGACACGGCAAGUAUGAUACAGCAAUCAAUCUGCUAUGACAAGAAAAGGGAAUGGUCCAUAUCGGUUUCGUGGGGCUAUGUGGUUCAGAUCAUAAGAGGAGUGAUGUCUCCCAGGGAACUAGAGAUGCCCACCAGAACCUUCCUAAACUGGUUUACAAGAGCUGAUUUCACAGCAUACUCUUUCCAGACCAGGCCUGUGAGCAGGCAGCCAUGCCAGAAGCCUUUCGUAUUCUAUAUAAGAUCGUCCACGUAUCAACGAGACAGGAAGCAAACAAUUGGGGUUUAUAUUCGCGAUCGUCAAGAUCCCCACCCUCUAUGCCGAUGGAAAAUGGACUCACCUGAAAUAUUUGAUUCUGUAGUGGUGGUGAAAAGACCAGAUGAACGACGUUGGCUAAGGACCCCAAGGAGGGAUUGUUGUAGAGUUUUGCCAUCAAGAAAGAGAUCGCAGAUGUAUAUAUGGGUGGGCAAUUGCCGGGAAGGUGAGAUUAGCGAAUUAUAGCAGCAAAAGGGAAGCUACACUUAUAUCUUCUCUCUGCUCCUCCUGCCAAGUUCUUUCAUGGUACAUGGGAUAAAAACUGAAUUCCAUAGGAAUUUGAGCUCAAAGGACUCUCGAGGAUUGCGUUGAUCUUCAGCAUAUCAAAAUUGCUACAGCUUUGCUAUUUCUCAUUUAUCUCGGUGUAAAUUUGUUACGAGCAUGUCAUUCACUUUUAUGAAUUUUUACAAGCUCUGCCUGUAAACAAUCCCCGUGGUUGGUGACAUAGUCACGGGAGGAUUAUUAUUAUGCUGGCACAUUUUUCCUAGAAAAGCAACUGAAACCCUAGUCAUCGUCUUAUAUCCUUCAAUGGAUCUUUGAAUUGUUAGUUAGAAAAACGACUCCCAAUGUCUAAAAAGGAAAUGAUUCUUCAAUCAGUUGUACUCACCGGAUGCGGUAUAGUGUCAUUGU